CCGGUCUUAUUUGAGAAACACCAUCCGUGAAGGAUACAUCAACAGAGAGAGAGCUGUCUGAUUCGUCUUCAGUUCCUCCUGGCAUUGCAAGAUCAUGUCGUACACGGCCGGGUCUUAUGUGGACAAGUCCUACGUGGGCAAACCCUACAGUGGCAGCGCCUACACCGGUUACACGGAUGAGAAGGCGAAAAAGGAGGCGUAUGAGGAACAACUCAAGAUUGAGAAGAGAAAACGACGGGAAUCUAUCUACUGUGAGGUCAUAGCAUUGGUCAUCGGAUUUAUCGGACUGAUUGGCGUUGCUGCCGUCACGGGUCUCCCGAUGUGGAAGGUGACAGCCUUUAUUCAGGAGAACAUCAUUGUCAUGGAGACACGUUGGGAGGGCUUGUGGAUGAACUGCUACCGGCAAGCCAAUAUCCGUAUGCAGUGUAAAGUGUAUGAUUCUUUGCUAUUUCUUCCAGCUGACCUCCAGGCCGCCAGGGGUCUGAUGUGUGCCUCCGUGGCGCUCACCACCUUCGCCUGCAUCAUGUCAGCCGUCGGAAUGCGCUGCACGCGACUCAUAGACUCCCGUCCUAGGACCAAACACAUUGUUUUGGUCAGCGGAGGGUGUUUGUACCUGGCUGGCUGCAUAACCACACUCAUUCCCGUCUCCUGGACGGGUCAUGUGAUCAUUCAGGACUUCUACAACCCGCUGUUGAUUGACGCCCAGCGCAGAGAGCUUGGAGAGGCGCUUUACAUCGGAUGGGUCACUUCGGCUGUUCUCUUCAGUGCUGGAGUGAUUCUGCUUUGUCGACACGCUCCACGGACCCAGGACAAGGAGGACAUGGCAUCAGUGCUGUAUCGGGCCGGAUCAGCCCCGUAUAACUACUCGUACAGGCCCGGAUACGGAUACCAGCCCGCUUACACUUACCAGCCUGCAUACAGCUAUCAGCCAGCGUAUUCUCCAGCACCACCUGCGGUCUAUAACCCACCACGAUACUGAGACAGACAGUGAGCGAGUACUGUGUUUUACCAUUAAAAAUCUCCAAAAGAGACUUCUAAAAGAGACUGAAAUGGAUUAUUCAAUCGAAAGGAUUAUUUGGUGUCAGCAAUAAAAAGGAAGAUGGCCAGAUGGCUCUCGUUAGUAAGGGGUAGUAAAUUCUGUGAUUUACACAUCCACAUGGAGAUGUUAGGCAGAAUUUUAGCCUCAGUCACCAUUCACUUUCACUGCAUCUUUUUUCCAUACAGAGAAAGUGAAUGGUAACUGAGGCUAAAAAGUUGCCAGAUUUUUGGGUGAAAUGUCCCUUUAAGUACUGUUCAUUAUCUGUGAGACUGUAAAUAUACAGUAUGUGAGUGCUAAAUUUGCUUUUCUUGAUUAUGAAUGCAUUUCCUUGAGAUUCAAUUUUGUCUUGUAUAAAAGACUGCUCACAAUUUACAUUUGCACAAAAACAAGGGGUAAUAUCAGCUAAAAUGGAAGUGUCUUAAGGAAACAGCAACUUAAAAAAAUAAAUAAAAAAGUGGAAUAUUUCCACAUAGCAUUUAACUGUUAUCAGUGAUUUAAGAACACGUUUGGAUAUGUGACGUAAUUGUGUAUAUUUUCUUGUGUUUUUUUAUUAUUAUUUGUCAAUUUGUAAGCACUGGUCUAAACAUAUGUAGAAAAAAAUAUGUAAAAAAUAAUAAAAAUGUAUGUUUAAG